AUGGCUGCCGCAGCCAUUGCUUUCUCUGAAUAUCUGCCGGAAGAGGUUGUAGUACAAAUAUUAAUAAGAUUGCCGGUGAAGUGCAUUCUGAAAUUCAGUUGUGUGUGCAAGUUAUGGAAUUGUAUCAUAAAAAGCCCUAAUUUCAUCUCUACUUUCGCAUCAAAUAAACACGACUCUUACAUCUUUCUGCUGCACUGCGAUAUGAAUAACUACAAAUACUCUAUCCGUAUCGACAACAAAGAUUUCAAUAAGUACCGGUCAAUCCGUCCGCUUCUUAGCCGAGCCAACCGAAAUUUCCUUUUCCCCCUUAAAGUAGUUGGUUCUAGCAAUGGUCUUUUAUGCCUUUAUGAUUAUUUGGGAAUUGUCCGCUUGAUUAAAAAAUUUAUAAUUUGGAACCCUUCGAUUAGAAAAUCAUUGCUCAUACCUCAACCUUGUUCUGACCUGGGUGCCCCUCAUGAAUUAAUUGGGUUUGGUUUUGAUUCAAGAACCAAUGAUUACAAACUGUUAGCGAAUGGUUUUAUGUAUUCACUCAAUUGUAAUUCUUGGAAGGAAAUCAUGACUGCCAAGAAUAUAACUAAUAGAAUUUGGCUAAGUAAGUCGGUUUUCAUCCAUGGAAGAUUCCAUUGGCUCGUGUUUGGUGAGGAAAAGAAUGUAGUGUUGAUGUUUGAUUUAAGAGAUGAGAUGUUUCGAGAGAUAUCAUUGCCUCAAUGUUUGGAAAAUGUUCGCCUUGGAUAUUUGAGAAUUCAGGCAUUUGGAGAAUCUUCGAUAGCAGUCACCCAUGUAAUUAACAACAUUCGGAGGGAGUAUGAUAUAUGGGUGAUGGAAGAGUAUGGGACCGGUGAAUGGACGAAGUUAGCUACAGUUGGAAAAUGCUGGAAUCGUCCAGUAGAGCUGAACGGAGGAGCAGAAGAUUUAAGUGAUAGUAAUGAUGCUAGUGCUGAUGCAUCAAUGUGUUUUUAUUUUGAUAUAUAUUCGUUUUCUUGGAGAUUUUACUUGCUGCCUUCGUUACAUCUUUUGUGUUGUAACUGGAAAUUGGUCACCAAGUAUAAGCUAGCCUUAUAG